CCCCACCAAGAAAGUGUCAACACCCCAAAACCCUUAAUAGCGAUAUAUAAAUAUUUUAUUUUUAGCACAAAUAUUUAUACCUAAAAAAAAACGGCUCUUUAACUCCAUAAAUUGCUGCUAAGUUCACAUUCAAGAAAAUGUUUUUUUUUUUCUAAUGUUUUCUUUAAUUUAAAAUUCUAUUACCUUGUUUCUAUCUGAGGUGGGUUUUUCAGUUAUAUAUUCUACCUAACUUUAUUUUUGCUAGAUUUAACCUGUUUAUUUCCAAAAAAAAAUAAAAAAAUUCUCUAGUACCCCUCAAGAAUUUUUUUUUCUUUUGAUUUGUGUUGUUGUUGUUAAUUCUUGAUCUGGGUUGUCUCUUUUUUCAGUCUUGAAGCUGUUUUGUUUAAAAAAGGUGACAUCUUAAUCCUUCUGCUGCUGUUUCCUUUGAAUGGGUAUUUGAUAUAUUUGGUUCGUAUUUAGCUCUUUGUGUUGCUGUGUAUUUUCAAGAAAUGUUGGUUUAGCCUUUUUGGUCUAAAUUUGUGUCCUUUUUUGGAAUUUAAAUGAUGGAGGAGUCUUGGGGUUAGUUGAUAUUUGGUUCUUUAUGUUACUGUGUAUUUUCAAGAAUUGGUGGUUUUAGCCUUAUUGUUCUAAAGUUGUGUCCUUUUUUGGGAUUUGUAUGAUGGAGGAUUCAUGGAGUUUUGGAUUUUUGUUUGUUAGUUGAUAUUUGGUUCUUUGUGUUGCUGUGAAUUUUCAAGAACUGUUGGUUUUAAGGUGAGGCUGCGUGUGGUCCGGUCCUUCUCACGACCCAGCGCAUAUCAGGAGCUUUAGUGAACAGGCUGCCCUAUUUUUGGUUGGUUUUAGGUUCAAAUUUUGUGUCUUUUUGAGGUUUGAAUGAUGAAGGAAUCUUGGGGUUUUGGAUUAUUGUUAGUGAAGAGUUUAUUUAUAUUGGUGUUGGGAGUUUUGUGUGUUUUUGGAUUUGAUCCUGCUGAUAAUUUCUUGAUUGAUUGUGGAUCAUCUAAAGAUACUGAUGUUGGUAAUAGGGUUUUUAUGUCUGAUAAAUCAGCUACAAAGUUUUUGUCAACUUCACAAGAUAUAUUGGCUAAUACCCCUUUGAAUUCAGUUACAAAAGCUGCUGAUUCACCCCUUUAUCAAAAUGCUAGAAUAUUUACUCAACAAUCUAAUUAUAAAUUCCCAAUUAGCCAGACGGGGAGGCAUUGGAUUCGUCUUUAUUUUUACCCGUUUGUUUACCAAGAUUACAAUAUGAGUAAAGCUAGUUUCUCUGUUUCCACUCAAAAGAAUGUUCUUCUUGGCAAUUUCUCUCCAAAAAAUGUUUCUGUCAAGGAAUUUUCAGUAAAUGUGACCUCGAAUGACCUUGUUGUAACGUUCUCUCCUUCAGGAAAUUCAUUUGCGUUUAUAAAUGCUUUAGAAGUUGUCUCUGUGCCUGAUGUCCUUAUAAUUGAUGAUGCCGCCACCAUAAGUCCUGCAGGGACAUUCAGUGGUAUGUAUGCACAGGCUCUCGAAACAGUUGCAAGGGUAAACAUGGGUGGACCACUAGUGUCAUUUGAAAAUGAUACACUAUGGAGAGCUUGGGUUCCUGAUCAAAGUUUCUUGUUGCAACCGAGUUCCGCUAAGUCAGUAAAUAAGAUUGGAUCUGUAAAAUAUCCGACGGAUGGUGCAACACCAGAUUCUGCACCACCUACAGUUUAUGGUACUUGCAGUAAGAUGAAUGUGGAUCGUACUGGUGACGAUCCUAAUGCCAAUUUUAAUGUGACCUGGACGUUUGAUGUGGAUCCUGGAUUCCAGUAUUUCAUUCGCCUACACUUCUGCGACAUAGUGAGUACAGCAGCCAAUCAGCUGCUAUUUAACAUUUAUGUGAACUCCUGGAACGUGGCUCAGGAUUUUGAUCCUGGUCAGAAAGCUCAGGGAAUUUUGGCCACAGCUUAUUACAAUGAUUAUGUUACUCCACCUGCUAAAAGUAAUAGGCUUAACGUCAGUAUUGGCCCAUCUCGAAGGAGUGCUUAUCCUGAUGCCUUCCUAAAUGGACUGGAACUUCUGAAGUUGAAUAAUUCUCAGGGAAGCCUUAGUCAGGUAGCGUCCGUUCCUACUAACCCAAGUUCAAAGGCAAAGAAGAAUGUUGGAGUCAUUGUGGGUGUGUGCAUAGGCGUACCAGUUGUUUUGAUACUUGUUGGCAUCUUCUUUUGCAUGCAUAGAAGAAGAAAACAAGAAAAGCAUGAUCAGUCAAAAAUAUGGAUUCCUUUAUCUGUUAAUGGUGGCACUUCACACACCAUGGGAAGCAAGUCUUCAAACGGAACAACCAUAAGUGCUGCGUCAAACAUGAGUUAUCGCGUUCCUUUUGCUGCUUUGCUGGAAGCAACGAGCAAUUUCGAUGAGAGUUUGGUCAUUGGAAUAGGUGGCUUUGGGAAGGUGUACAAAGGUGUUUUGUAUGAUGGAACAAAGGUGGCUGUGAAAAGGGGUAAUCCCAAGUCCCAACAAGGUCUUGCAGAGUUCCGGACGGAAAUUGAAAUGCUUUCUCAGUUCCGCCAUCGGCAUCUGGUUUCAUUGAUGGGAUACUGUGAUGAAAAAAAUGAAAUGAUUCUAGUUUACGAAUACAUGGAGAAUGGGACCCUCAAGAGCCAUCUGUAUGGGUCAGAUCUACCUAGUAUGAGCUGGAAGCAGAGGCUGGAGAUAUGCAUCGGAUCAGCCAGAGGUCUACACUACCUUCAUACUGGAUAUGCUAAAGCAGUUAUACAUCGUGAUGUGAAGUCCGCAAACAUAUUGCUUGAUGAGAGUUUUAUGGCAAAAGUUGCUGAUUUUGGACUAUCCAAGACGGGGCCCGAGCUUGAUCAAACUCAUGUUAGCACAGCCGUGAAAGGAAGUUUUGGCUACCUAGAUCCUGAAUAUUUUAGAAGGCAACAACUGACUGAAAAAUCUGAUGUUUAUUCUUUUGGUGUUGUGUUAUUUGAAGUUCUUUGUGCUAGGCCUGUCAUAGAUCCAUCUCUUCCGAGGGAGAUGGUCAACUUAGCAGAAUGGGCAAUGAAAUGGCAGAAGAAGGGACAACUGGAGCAAAUCAUCGAUCCCACUCUUGUUGGCAAAAUAAGACCAGAUUCCCUCCGGAAGUUUGGAGAAACAGCUGAGAAAUGCUUAGCUGAUUUCGGCGUAGACAGGCCAUCAAUGGGCGAUGUGCUUUGGAAUCUGGAGUAUGCACUUCAACUUCAAGAAGCUGUCAUUCAAGAUGAUCCUGAAGAAAACAGCACCCUCCUUAUUGGUGAGCUCUCUCCGCAAGUCAAUGAUUUCAGUCAAGUUGAUGCCGGUGCUUCUGCUGCUCUUACCGGAACACCAAAUUUGGAUGAUCUCUCUGGUGUUUCCAUGAGUAGAGUUUUCUCGCAAUUGGUCAAGUCAGAGGGUAGAUAAUAAAGUGAAAGUAGUACAUACGGGUGUUUAGGUGUUUGUUAAUUCCACUUUGGUUUGUGGAUCAUAUAAAGAUUGAUCUUUUCUUUCUUUUGUAACAGUUUAUUCUACGAAUUCCCGAAUUCUAAAUAGGAGAGUUAACUUUGAAAAUAAGGCUGAGUUAUUUGGAUACUUACCUUUCAAUUACACAGUAUUAAUGGUG